CAAUUCAACUUCUUGUUGGCAAGAGAGAUUAUGUUCAAUAUUGUUGAGUUCCACUAAGAAGAAAGCCAUUCAUUUUAAGUACUUGCAGUUUUUGAUUCUUUGGUCUUGAAUUUAUAUCAAGAUUUUAUAACCCAAUUGUCACUUCCAUUACUAUUGUUAAGUCCUGUAUCGAAUUUUCGAUCUAGUUCGAAACAGAGUUGUUUUCCGUUUAGUAGUUUUGCUUUGCAGGCAGCACAUUAGGUGAUUCUUUUGGGAAUUUAUAAAAUUUCUGCUUGCUAACUGAUGUUGUAUAUUGAGCUCAAGUGAUAAAAUUUGAAAGCUCUGAUUUUGAAGUAGUGAGUGAGCCAUUGGAAUAUGAGUACAUCACAAAGUGAACACCAAUUGGUUGAUGAGAGGACCCUUUUGUUGCCCACAAGCCAAAAUGAAGAAGCUCAGGCUGGGUUUGGCAAACCCAGCAGAAGAGCUUCUUUUCCUGGGUCUGUGUUCAAUUUGUCCUGCACAGUUAUUGGUUCUGGAAUUAUGAGCCUGCCUGCUACCUUGAACAUAUUGGGGCUCAUCCCAGGGGUUGCUUUGAUCAUCAUAGCUGCAUUCUUAACAGAAGCAUCAAUUGAUUUUUUGCUGAGAUUCAGCAAGCCUGGUUCAGCAUUUUCUUAUGGUGAUGUCAUGGGUGAAGCCUUUGGAAAAGUUGGGAAGUAUUUGCUUCAGAGCUGUGUUAUAAUCAACAAUAUUGGUUCUCUUACUGUGUAUAUGAUCAUAAUAGAGGAUGUGCUUUCUGGCUCAACUUCAAAUGGAGUUCACCAUGCUGGUAUUUUGGAAGAAAGCUUAGGGGUACAUUGGUGGACUGGACGUGCUUUCGUUCUUAUUGUCCUUACUGUUGUCGUAAUUGUUCCAUUGAUAUGUUUUAAGCGCAUUGAUUCACUGAGGUUCACAUCAGCUAUAUCAAUUACGCUGGCAGUUGUUUUUCUUGUUGCUGUCAUCGUAAUCACAGUGUACAAAUUAAUACUGGGAAGCAUAGAAGCACCUGCAUUGUUUCCUAGUGUUACUGGUCUGACUUCCUUUCUAAAUCUCUUCACUGCAUUUCCUGUUGUGGUUUUUGCUUAUGUCUGCCACUACAAUGUUCAUAGCAUACAAAAUGAGCUUGAAGAUUCUCGAAGGAUGCCAGCCAUUGUGCAGACUACAGUUGCUCUCUGUGCCUUUGUGUAUGUGAUGACUGGCGUGUUCGGGUUCCUCCUGUUUGGUGAAUCAACUCUUUCUGACCUGCUCUCCAACUUUGACACAGACCUUGGCAUUCCAUACAGCUCUGUCUUCAACGAUAUAGUUCGUAUAAGUUACGCGGGCCACAUCUUACUUGUAUAUCCCAUUAUUCUUUUUCCCCUGCGCCUUAACUUGGACGGCCUUCUCUUCCCCUCAGCCAGACCGUUGGCUUCGGACAACGUGAGGUUUUUGUUGAUCAGCUCAGGGAUCAUUGUCAUCACCCUCUUGGGUGCAAUAUUCAUACCAAGCAUAUGGGUGGCUUUUGAGUUCACUGGAGCAACUGUUGGAGCUUUACUUGCAUUCAUCUUUCCUGCUUGCAUUGUUCUCAAGGACCCUCAUGGCAUAGCAUGGAAGAAGGACAAGAUUUUGUCUGUCUUCAUGAUCAUUGUUGCUGUAGUGUCUAGUGUGGUAGCCAUUUACAGUGAUGCAUAUUCAUUAUUGACAUAGCAAGGGCAAUAAAUAUACCCUCCAAUUUUUCAUUUUUAAUAAUGUUGCUUCGGGGCUCUAACUAAUCAAUUGAAACAUGUCAGAUAUAUUGUCUGAAUGAAUGAAUUGUAGUUGUAAAGACAGACACAAGGAAAGAGAAGGAAAUUAUGCUUCUGCAACCUCUGAUUAUAAGCGCAAGACUCUCAAUUUUUUCCAUUCAUGUUAAAUUUGUUUAACAUUGCACCAUAUUCUAAUGAUCUAAUCACCUCUCUAAUAUGUAGGACUUACCUAUGUAAGUUCAUUUCUAUAUAAAAAAUGCGAAGAACAAAAUAAUUUGAACAGAGCAGCAUGGCUUUUUUUCUUUCUUUCUUUUGGUUACUCACAGUGAUGGGGCCAUGGUUAUCAGAAAUUGUGAGUUUAGUAUAUUACACAUGCUACAUGAAUGUUAGGAUUUGAACCAAGAAUCUUGCGUGGCUAAAUUUAGAUAUUACUUUUUAUUCCCAAAAGCGCACGUUUUAGUUGCGGUUCUUAUUUUGUUUGAGGACCUUUCUUAUUGACAGAUGCAAUAGUAUACUAAACUAACACAGACUACACGAAUACUAAGACUCGAACUCAGAACUUUGCCUGAGAAAGUAAAUACUCCCCCCACUACAUUAGUGGUGUGGUUCCCAUGCUUAUAGUCGCGGUUCUAAACAAUCAACCGAGACUCUUAAACAGCGGUUUCCGAUAGCGGUUUUAGCACUAAUAAAGCAAAAAAUUCGUUAUUGGCCUUUGGGUGAAACGGUUGGAACCCAAUUUCGAAUGGCUGGGAAAGAGGAGCAAGACAAGCUCGCCGAGUCUCUCAACGAUCUCUUCACCAGCGUCUCCACUAUGGUCAAAUCCGAGCUCCAGGUUCCAUCUCUGAAACCCCAAUCUUCAACCUUUUCAAAUCGAUUUCUGCGAUCAUCAAUUGAUCUAAGAACUGAGUACUUGUUGAUAUGAAUUCAUUUUGAUCAGGGAUCAACCAACCACCUGGACCUUUUGGAGAAGAUGAAUCUGAGAGUGGCCGAAGAGUACAAAGGCUUCGGCGACGUGGCCUCUGGGCUGAGCGUCUUCGUAGAGCAGCUCAAGUCGAAAAGCGGCAGCUUUGAAGAGUAUGCGAAGCAGAUUGACGUUAUAGAGCAGCAAGUCACGGAGUUCGAAGCUGUGAUUUCAGUGCUGGAUAGAUAUGUGUCUAUGUUAGAGUCCAAAGUCCAAUCUGUGUAUCAGAAUCCGUCUCCUUCCUGAGUUUUAAGUGUUUGUGAAAAUUAUUUGGCUGUUGGUUUAACUUUUGUGGCAAUCUGUGUUUUUUA